AUUUUUAUUUUUAUAGCAUAAUUUCCAAAUCCUACGUCAAAAAUCAGUGCUGCAAAUGUGGGAAAAGUUAACACCUGAAAUUUGCCCUCCACAUCACAUUGGUCUCUCUCUCUCUGUCUCUCUCUCACCUCCGCCUCGCCCAGCCAAGGCCGCCCCUAAAUCCCCAAAACCCCUAUAAACCCUAGUAACCCCUCAACCCCUCUCUAAGAAUUCAGAUAAGAGAUAUGCUUUUUUCACUGAAAAAUCUAGCCAAAUCUUCUUCUCAUAGGACCAAGUCACUUGGCAUCCUCACCGGCAUUGAUUCAACUUCAAUUCCAUUCACCACCGCCGCAACAACCACCACUACAACGUGCCUGAUCCCGGCCAAGGACAUCGUCCUCUCCUUCAAGCAAUGGUUCAAGUCCGGCAACCACCACCUCCUCCACCAAAUCUUCCAAAUCCUCAAAGCCACCUCCGACAGCGACCACUUCAACCACCACCAGCAGCAAUCCUCCGCCGACCUCGCCCUCUCGCAUCUCGACCUCCACCUCUCCGAGGCUUUGGUGCUCGAGGUCCUCCGCUACGGCCACGACCACGAGCACGACGUCCUCUCCUGCCUCAAGUUCUUCGACUGGGUCGGCCGCCAGAACAGCUUCUACCACACGCGCGCCACCUUCAACGCCAUUUUCAAGAUCCUCUCACGCGCCAAGCUCAUGUCCCUCAUGCUCGACUUCCUCGCCGACUUCCGCAGGCACAAGUUCGACCACGGCGUUCGGUUUCAUGAUACAUUGGUCAUGGGCUACGCCGUCUCCGGCAAGCCUGAAGUUGCGUUGCAGCUGUUCGGCAGAAUGCGCUUUAAGGGACUCGACUUGGAUGCUUUUGGCUACCAUGUGCUUUUGAAUGCUCUGGUGGAGGAGAAGUGUUUCGACGCCGUUGAGGUCGUGGCUAAUCAGAUUUCCAUGAGGGGUUUCGAGAAUGAAAUCACGCAUUCCGUCAUGCUCAAGCGGUUCUGCAAGCAGAACUUGCUGGAUGAGGCGGAGGGGUAUUUGAGAAGAUUAGUGACUGAGGGCAAGGCCAAUGGCUCUGCGGUGGGGGUUCUUGUUCGUGCAUUGUGUCAGCAUAAGAUGUUCGAGCGUGCUACUAAGUUGAUGGAUGAGUUUCGGGACUUGGGGGCGGUUUCUAUGGAGAGUGCUUAUGCUGUGUGGAUUGGAGACCUUGCGCAGGCUGGGAGGUUAGAUCAAGCAUUGGAGUUUUUACAGAGCAAGAAGUCAUUGGAAGGGUAUGUUCCCGAUGUCUUUAGGUACAACAUUUUGAUUGGUAAACUUUUGAGGGAGGUUAGACUCGAGGAGGUUUGUGAUCUCAUGUUGGAGAUGAAGGAGCGUGAGAUAUCACCCGAUACGGUCACUAUGAAUGCUGCAUUGUGCUUCUUUUGUAAAGUGGGAAUGCUGGAUAUCGCGAUUGAGUUGUAUAAUUCAAGGUCUGAGUUUGGGCUCACCCCCAAUAGCAUGGCUUACAACUACUUGAUCAAUACUUUCUGCGGGGAUGGCAGCGUUGACGAAGCAUAUGGAGUGUUGAAAUCCUCUCUUGACCAAGGUUACUUUCCAGGUAGGAAAACAUUUUCCAUAUUGGCAGAUGCUUUGUGCAGAGACGGAAAGCUUGAUAAGAUGAAGGAGUUGGUUGUUUUUGCUUUAGAGCGGAAUCUUAUGCCGAGUGGUUCCACCUAUGACAAGUUCAUUACAACUCUUUGCAAAACUAGGAGGGUAGAAGACGGUUAUUUGAUACAUGAGGAACUUAACAGAAUAAGUGAAGUUCGUAGAGAGAGUACAUACAUCAACUUGAUUGAAGGUUUUUGCAAGUUAAAUAAGGGUGAUAUUGCCGCUAGACUUCUGAUUGAAAUGCAAGUACAUGGUCACUCACCAACUCAUAAGCUGUUCCGACAUGUAAUUUGCUCUUUAUGUGAUACGGGAAAUCCGGUAAAUACAGACCAGCAAUUUUUCACCUUAUUGGAGAUGCAGUUGUCUUGCCGGGAACCUACUUGUCGUAUAUACAACUUCUUCAUCUAUGGAGCUGGGCAUGCCAAAAGGCCUGAUUUGGCUAGUAAAGUAUUAGAGAUGAUGCAGCGUAGUGGGAUUGAACCUAAUUUGAGUUCUGAUGUUCUUAUGUUGCAGAGUUAUUUGAAGAGUGAACGAUAUUCGGAUGCUUUGAACUACUUCAAUGAUCUGCGUCACAGAAGAAAGAUCAGGAGAAGACUUUACAGUGCCAUGAUUACUGGUAUGUGCAAGGCCAAAAAAGCAGUUAUUGCACUUAACUUACUUAGGGAAAUGAGAGAGGACGGAGUGGUUCCGAGCGAUGACUGCUAUGAGUUUCUUAUACAAUUGCUCUGCUGGAAUAAAGAAUACGAUAUAGCAGUAAUCCUCAUUAAGGACUUAGAGAAAGUCGGCCGCCACAUUACAUCCUUUAUUGGCAACAUACUUCUGUUGCAUUCUUUGAAAAGUCAAGAGCUAUACCAGGCUUGGGUUCGUCUAAGAGAGGUGCAAAUCGAGAUCUCUGAUAAUUCAAUCCUUGGUCUGCUUAUUGGUGCAUUUUCUGGUCGUAUUUGGGUGAGCCAACAGAUUGAGAACUUGGAAGAAGUAAUUGCUAGCUGCUUUCCGCUAGACUUGUACACAUACAAUUUAUUACUUAGAUGUUUCAGUAAUAGCAACAUGGACCAUGCUUGUGCAUUGUUCUAUAGGAUGUCACAGAAAGGGUAUGAGCCCAAUCGAUGGACUUAUGAAAUCUUAGUACAAGGUUUUCUUAAGCAUGGGAGGACAGACGAGGCAAACAGAUGGCUAAAAGCUAUGUACGUGAAAGGUUUUAGUCCAAACAAGCAAACGAUGCGAUUUGAUUAACUCAGAUUUAUUAAUUCUCAGUCCAAGGAAUUUAAUUGCCGUUCAUUGAAGUCUCUAUUGCGAGCUUGCUGUGGGAAAUACUGUGAGGUGAGUAGAGCGGAGGAUCUUUCUCUCACCACAGCUGCUAUGGCUGGGUUUACUGUUAGCGAUGAUGAAGAUAUGGUGAGCGCGACAACUAUCUGGUUCUAUCUGCUGCUGUAGUUGCAGCAGCUGCAAGAAGCACACGGCAUCUGCCUUCCCUGCAAUGCCUUCUUGAAGACAUACUUGAUGCAGCAGCUAUCCCUCACACUUCUUCAUCUGGGGGUGAUUCUGAAGGGAAAAGUAAAUCUGCUGAUAAAUUCUAGAAGCUGGAAGCUGAAGCAUGAUGAUGCAGGACAAGAUGUCAUUGGAGCAGUCAAUGAACUUAUUCAUAUAUUGGCACUUGCCAUGAAUAGAUUGCUGAGCAAGCAGUAAAGCACAGUCACCAUAAUUUCUUCCAACUAAAUUGCAGGUAUAGAUUUAUUUGGGGGAAGGCCAAUAUGUACUGUGGGACACCUGCUGAUGGGAGUAUCAUGGUGAUGAAGGUUAAACCUACGUUUUCUGGUUUGGAAGAAGCAGAAAAGCCACACUCGUUGUUUGCCAAUGGUUAACACAGGAAGGCUGAGUGGUGGUAUUUCAGUUCGGUUGGCCACAGCAACAGCAGCGAUGGAAGCAAAACUUAAGAGACCGAUGAAGCAAAUUGUCUAGAUGGUUAUCUGGGAAAUGCAGAGGAUUGGGAUGAACUUGAUUUGGGAACCAAGAAGCAUCCUGGGGUGAAGGGCAUCCUUUUGUUACUCUGUGCAGCUGUUGCACUUAGAUUCAGUUGAUUGAGAUUUCAAGAAUGUGGCUCAUGGAUUUUGAGCUGAGCUAGUAUUACUUGUGGUUAAUUUGGGUGAGGAUGAUAUUUAC